AUGGUGACGAUUCAGCGCUCUGGAUUCAUCCUCGACAACGAAGGGAAGUUACUCUCGGAUUCGUAUGAUGUCGAGAAGCAGACCCUCGGUCAAGGUGGAGCUGAGCUCGGCACUUAUGGAUCUGUGUCGAAGGCGACUAACAAGUCGACUAAGCUUGUACGUGCUAUUAAAACAAUACCGAAAUCGCAUUUGAAGAACGUCGCUCGAUUCCGUCAGGAGAUUGCUAUCAUGAAAACUCUCGACCAUCCUAACAUUGUCAAACUGUUCGAAACAUUCGAAGAUGCGAAGAAUAUCUAUCUCGUCCUGGAGCUGUGUACUGGUGGAGAGCUCUUCGACAGAAUUAUUGACCAGGGUUAUUUCACGGAGAGUGGCGCGGCUAGUUUGAUGAAACAGAUAAUUUCAGCGGUGUACUAUUGUCAUAAAAACAACAUCGUUCAUCGAGAUUUGAAACCAGAAAACUUUCUUUUCUUAAACGACGCGGAGAAUUCCCCCUUGAAAAUAAUAGAUUUCGGCUUAGCUUCCAAGUUUGGGAGCGAUGUUCAUUUGAAGACUAAGGCUGGCACACCGUACUAUGUUUCACCCCAAGUUUUGAGAGGCGAAUACAACGAGUCCUGCGAUCUGUGGAGCUGUGGAGUCAUAAUGUAUAUCCUCCUCUGCGGCUACCCUCCUUUCCAUGGUGAUACCGAUGCGGAAAUUCUGGCUCGAGUGAAGUCAGGAAAGUACACCUUUCCCGACGAGGAAUGGAAGCAUGUCAGCAAUGACGCUAAGGAUCUUAUACGCAAGCUAUUGACGUUCGACCAAGCACAGAGGUGGACGGCAGAGCAGGCUCUCGGCCAUAGAUGGAUCAAGAACUUGGCGAAGACUGCUGAUGGCGAUGCUGAAGAGCAUCGUAACGUAGUUUCUGGAUUGAGGAAUUUCCGAGCACAGAACAAGAUGAAGAAGGUCGCGUUAACGGUCAUCGCUCAGCAGCUGGCCGAAUCGGACAUUGAGCGUCUGAAGAAGACCUUCCAGGCUUUGGAUGAAAACGGCGAUGGCACUUUGACUGUGCAGGAGAUCAAAGAAGGGAUGAGGUCACUGGAUGUGUCGCUGCCUGCUGAUCUUGAGGAGAUAAUGAGGGACGUAGACUCUGAUGGAUCUGGUGCUAUAGAUUAUACCGAGUUUAUCGCAGCUACUAUUGACAAGAAAACGUACAUUCAAGAAGAUGUGUGUUGGGCCGCGUUUCGGCUGUUCGAUCUCGAUGGGAAUGGGAAGAUAUCUCAAGACGAGUUGCAGAAGGUUCUCAGUAACGAUGACGUCAAGACUGCUCUUGGUCAAGACACUGUGAGGAGGAUGAUCAGCGAGGUCGACCUGGACGGAGAUGGAGAAAUAGAUUUUGAUGAGUUUAUGGCUAUGAUGCGCAGCUCCAAUUAG